AUGUCGUUCAACAGCCGGAAAAAGAAACUGAUGCUUUUCUUCGAGAAGAUCUUCGAAGACGACUAUGAAAUCAAUGUUUAUUACGCAGAUAGCAUACUGAAGUGUCUUGAGGGUGCUUCGAUAUGUGGUCUUCAAAAUAAAUUACUAGAUUCGUCAUUCUUCUCGGAUAUAAUAUUAAAGACUUACAACAGCCCGACGAUGAAAAGAAACUCGGUGGAAAUUUUUAUUUGGAAAGUACUUUCGAUUAUUUUCAAGAAUGAACUCCACUUUAACAAAUUAAAUGCUAUGGUUAGAGACGACCGGCUAAAAUUGUUUAUGUGCACAGCGAACGCGUGCGCAUCGAAUUCCGAUCUAGUUUUGGCGUUUACUAACGUCGCCACGGCUUCGUUAGUGCACUAUUCUGGCAUUAGCUGGCUAGUGGAAACUAAGAUAUGGAGACCGCUAAGCUUCGAAAGAGAUGGCAAGAGGUUUGAAUUUCAGAACCAAUUCAUAUUGCAUUUGGUGGUACCACUGUGGACAUAUUACGCGACGAAUUGUGAUAGUGAUGUAAAAUUCGACGCAAUAAACAAUUACUCUUUUAAAUUGUUGAACAUUACGGUGGAACACAUAGCGGAGUCUGCGGAAUUAUUUCGUACCGUCGUUGAGAACCAUAGCUGUGACCUUAAAAAAAUAACUAUAUACACAGUUAAGAAUCUCUUCCAAUUCAAAGGGAAACUAAACAAAGCGCAAGCAGGAGUUCUGUACCAAGGUUUGUUCUUUGUCUUGAAAACUUUCGUCAUAUCGGACGAUGUGGACGCGCAUUUGAUAUUAAACGAGAAUCCACUGAAGACAUCUGAUGAUAUUAAAUUGUUGAUUCUCGUGUUAGAUGCAAUAAAAAUGCUCUUGAAGGAACAUCACAUUGAUUGGUACGAGAACUUAGAGAUUAUCUGCUUGCAUGAGACGCUUAUGAAUUUGUUGAAGCAAAAAUGUCUCUGCAUAAAGACUUUGGUGCAAACACUGGACUUGAUCGAUAUCAGCAUUAAGAAGUUUCUGUGUCCUGAUAUGACGCUUCUGAUCGAGAACAAAGACGAGAGCUCAUUGGCUGAAAUUGGCGCAAUUACGAAGGAGUACAUUCAGCACCAAGAAUGGGAGGUGCGGGACUCCGCUUUAAUCUUACUACUCAGCUGUACUCAGCUUUCCUUUGUCAAGUAUGUGCCGUUCCAAAAAAUGAUAUCGGAAAACGAGUUAAUGCUUCUGGCGGCAAAAUGUGCUUUGCACGACCAAGAGGUUUACGUUCAGACUACGGCGCUCCAAUGCUUAGCUGCAGCAACAAUGAUCGAUAGAAUCUGGCGCGACGUCACAAAAACGCACCCAGAUUUGCACGAUCAUCUAGUUAAUUUGGCGAGGAAACAUCCAGAAGAGCCAGUAAGAAGAGAAGCGGUGAAUGUGUUAACAGAAAUUUAUAUAAACCAAAACGUUACGAUUGAUUAUAGGAAUAACAUGUUUAGGGUUAUGGCGGGCGUUGUGUUAAAAGAUUUGCAUUGGGAAGUGCAAAUUGCUGCGCUGAAUUUCUGGAAGCAAGCAAUAGUUCAACAAAGUCUAUACCGUGGCAUGAUUGACGUGGUCCCCAAUACAACAUCAGCCUAUCGCCGCCCAGUGCUGAACUUGGUGAUGAAUCCC